GAACUACUAGAAUUUAAAAAGCAGUUGUAAAUGCACAGCUCGCCCAGUCAGCAUGGUAAUUGAAUUAGUUAUCAUUUAGGCAUCUAUGGUGGUGACUGCCUUUCUUAUUUUGUUUUUAGGUUUCACAAUAGUCCGCUUCGCCGAAACUAAUGAUGUGGAAGCAGUCCCUUCGUCAUGGGUGUGCGGCCAUACGUGCUUGUGGCCAGUGGCCUACACCCCUGCCCGCCUCACAAAGGCUAUAUCGCAUUGUGAACUCCCUAGUGCCUCAUUUUCGAAGCACCGGGUGGUCGUCAUAGCUACAGCAAGUACAUACCUGCAUGCAAGAGCAAAGGCACGGGAGGCAGAAGAUACGGACAACGUGCCUGCUACAGAUACUGAAAUGGGCAGAGGCAAACGUCGCCGCCGAAAUGGCCAUGAAAUGCCAGACGAACCAGAUCUAAGGAGCUCCCCAUCUCCAUCCAGCAGCACGGAGUUGGAACCAGGCCUUCAUGCAAGUGCACUUGGGACACCACCACGUUUCGUCAGCGAUGAUAGGUAGGGUAGUUGUUUUAGAAAUCGUUAAUUGUGGUAAUUUAA